AUGUCACUCCUCCUUUCCCCAACCAGACGCAUGACGUCUGCGAUCCCUUCCAUAUCACAUCGCGCAUUCUCAACGACUCGCCCAUCUCAACUUGCCCGCAUGACUCUGGUUGGCAGACUCGGCGCAGACCCAGAACUCACAGACACGGGCAAAGGCCAAGUGAUCAAAUACGUCGUGGGCACCAGUUAUGGACCGAAGGAAAAUCGCCAAACAUCGUGGUUCCGCGUCGCCAGUUUUGCUCCGGAGAGUUCGCCCCAGCGAGAUCUUGUGAUGGGACUGACCAAAGGGACGCUUGUCUAUCUUGAAGGAGAUGCCACCAUGCGCACCUACGAGGAUUCGGACGGCAAGAAACAGAGCUCAUUGAGUCUGGUCCAGACGAAAGUGGAAGUUUUGAAAAGACCGCAGCCUAAGGAGGAGGAGAUCGCGCCCGAAGCCGCCAAUGCCUAA